AUGCACGUCAGAGGCGCUCAAUUCAAGGACGCUUUUGCCAGGUCCGCUGAUCCACCCAUUGUCCUCCUCCCGCCCAAAGUUCUUUCUCUCGACCCCGCGUUCCAGACCUACAGCUCGCUGGUCGGCGACGCCUGCGUCCCGCCCCACCCACCGUCCACGCCUCGACCCGGCCUGAAGUUGCCCUUCUGGUUUGAGGCAGGCGACGCGUCGGCGUGGCUCCCUGGGGUGUGGCUAGAGGACCUUGGCGACGCCUUCCCGGAGGGCUCCCCUCCCCUACCCGGAAAAGCUGACCCUGGCAGGCGACAGCAGGCGGCGGCGGCGAGCCGGGCAUGCUCACUGGCGCGGACCAAGCCCGCGGCCCCAGCACGAAGCGCCCGCGCUAGGCGGCCCCCUGCGCUGCCAGCUGGAGCCGGGCGGAGCCCACGCCCGGGCGCAGGGUGGCUCUGCCAGUCCCCGCGCGCCUGGGCGGCCGCACACGUAUCCAGGCGUCACGUCCGCGCGCGCCCCCGGGGCUUGCGUCAGCUGCCGCUCCAGAAGCUGGUGGGCUGGGGCUCUGCGCACCGCUCGGGUUCGGGGCCCCGGACGCCGCCGGGAGGAGGGCACCGUGCGGGAUCGGAGGGCGCUGAGGGGUCUCUGGAACGCCGGGGGCCCUCGGAGAGCGCCACCCCGCAGCACCACGAGCUGACCUCACUCUUCGAGUGCCCGGUCUGCUUUGACUAUGUCCUGCCUCCUAUCCUGCAGUGCCAGGCCGGGCACCUGGUGUGUAACCAAUGCCGCCAGAAGUUGAGCUGCUGCCCGACCUGCAGGGGCGCCCUGACGCCAAGCAUCAGGAACCUGGCUAUGGAGAAGGUGGCCUCGGCCGUCCUCUUUCCCUGUAAGUAUGCCACCACGGGCUGUUCCCUGACUCUGCACCACACGGAGAAGCCGGAACACGAAGACAUCUGUGAAUACCGUCCCUACUCCUGCCCUUGUCCUGGGGCCUCCUGCAAGUGGCAGGGCUCGCUGGAAGCCGUGAUGUCCCACCUCAUGCAUGCCCACAAAAGCAUCACCACCCUGCAGGGAGAAGACAUCGUCUUUCUAGCUACAGACAUUAACCUGCCAGGGGCUGUCGACUGGGUGAUGAUGCAGUCGUGUUUCGGCCACCAUUUCAUGCUGGUGCUGGAGAAACAAGAAAAGUAUGAAGGCCACCAGCAGUUCUUUGCCAUCGUCCUGCUCAUCGGCACCCGCAAGCAGGCCGAGAACUUUGCCUACAGACUGGAGUUGAACGGGAAUCGGCGGAGACUGACCUGGGAGGCCACGCCCCGGUCCAUCCACGACGGCGUGGCCGCGGCCAUCAUGAACAGCGACUGCCUGGUUUUCGACACAGCCAUUGCACAUCUUUUUGCAGAUAAUGGGAACCUUGGGAUAAAUGUGACUAUUUCUACGUGUUGUCCAUGACGCCUCGUGUGGAAUCCAUAAACUGUUGAAAUUAUUUGGGCACAGUGCUCUGCGUUUAAUAAAGAUUUUUAUAGAUGUUUUAUUCAGUACGUCUUCACCAGUCAGGAUCCACAACUGCCCCAGGUUUUGUUGAAACAGUAUCUUCCCACAUCUCAUACACCCAAACCCACUGCCGUAGAGAAAAUCCCUGCUCCUAGUGACCCUGAUGAUCCAGUGGUUAAACGUUUGGCUGCUAACCAGAAGGUCGGCAGUUGAACUCACAAACCACUUUGCAGGAGAAAGAUGUGGCAGUCUGCUUCCGUAAAGAUUUACAGCCUUGGAAACCCUAUGGGGCAGUUCUGAUCUGUCCUACAGGGUCACUAUGAGUCAUACAUACACACGCACCCCUCUUAAUUGGCAUCAACCCAACAAAUUUCAUCAACUAGGGUGAAUGGGGAUUAGAGGCUGUUCUGUGAUCUAAAAUAAACUUUAUUAUUAAAUGUUAUUUACUUCCCGAGCAACCCUUGACAGCUUGCUCGGGACUCCUGUAGACCAGUAUGUUAGAGAUUUGAGACUCUUCCUUGCCCUUCUCCCUGUGUUGGUCCUUCGAUGUUGACAAACGCACGUGUCUGUCAGCAAAUUCCUUUACUUUUAUCUUGUUUGGGUGGGUAGGAAUUGUUUUAAGGAGCCUUGGUGGCACAGUGGUUAAAGCACUCGGCUGCCAACCGAAAGGUCAGCAGUUGGAACCCACCAGCCUCCUCUCGGGAGAAAGAUGUGGCAGUCUACUUCCGUAAGGAUUUUAUAGCCUUUAAAAUCCCAUCGGGCAGUUCUACUCUGUCCUAUUGCUUUGCUAUGAGUCGGAAUCGACUUGACGGCAGCGGGUUUGGUUUUUUUGGUUUAGGAAUUGUUUUAAUGCGUUUAAAACAGUGUUUCUCAAACUGGAUGCUGACCAAUGUGCGUAGCGUCACCUGGAGUGCUCAUCUGUUUUAAGCAGAUCUAGGCCACCUGUGAAUUUAUAGGCUCAUCAGGUGAUUCGUUUCCACGGUUUGAGAAUUACUGGGUUAAAUUGUGGAAAAGGGUCCAGAUUUUAAAGGUGCUUUAAGAUUGCCCUCUACUGAUGCUGUUUGUCUUUCUACUGUUUCACCUACCCUGCCCCCGAAAUUAAAACUAGAACUAUAUAUCCACAUGGACACUCCCUAAGAUGUGGAUUGACCAGGAAAACAAGUCAUCUGGCUAAUGACAGUUCUCACGUAAUGAGUUUUUCCUCACCACUAGUAUAGAUGACCUGUUUACACGCAGCUUCUUGGAAGCCCUCCUUGACUAUAGAUGGUGUGAAGGACUAGAUCAGUAGAGUUGGGAAAGCUUUAUAACCAGUGUCAUAUGCUUGCUAUUUAAAGGUUUGGUUUCGUUUUUGGUUUUUCUGCCACAUUCACUUUAGUUUUUUAAUAAAUAUUUUCUAAAAAUUAAUAUUGUCCUUCAUUUUCCUGUUUGAAUAAUGUAUGACAUGCAUUUAUUGAGCACCUACUAUGUGCAUGUGCAUUAAAGCUUCACCACUAUCUUUGGGGUUGGUGCUGUCACUGUUUUCAGAUGAGAAAACAGUCAUUUGUCCAAGGUCAUGGCUCAGGUCAGUGGUAGCAUGAGAGCCAAGUUCCCGUCUCUGGACGCUGACUACCACUGGUGGUGUGUCUCCUCCCGGGGGCUGUUAUGUCUGACAUUGCCAGCACCUGUUGAAGAAGAGUUAUUUCUCUUGCUUUACAGAGCCAGGAAGAAGACACGUGGCUAGUGCUCAUGCCCAGAGUACUGACCUACUUCCUCAAUCCCAACCCUACGCUCUCACAAGAAUUCAGAAUGUCAGCCUCGAAUGUUCUCUGGGGAUUAAAGGCAGCUUACUCAGUGACUCAAUUCCAUGAGAGUAGCACCAGGUGUAAGGGAUAGCUUUAGUGUUUUUGUUUUUAAUUUUUAAGUGAGAUACACUGUUGAGUUUUUAGACAGCUUAGAGGUCUAGCAGUUAAAGGAUUGCUAAAGUAACUUGUCUUCUAGAAUAUUCUUCAAAUGAAAAGCAGUGCCUCAAACACAAGUAGAUACUUACAACAUUUGGUAAAUGAAUGAAAACCACAACUCUUGUCACCAAGUUAUCAACCAUGAAAGUCCAUGUUUCCAGCCAACAUACAGUAGGAUUCACGGUGGUGAAGCUUUGACCCUCUCAGGGGCCCAGCUAGUCCAGAUAUGGCUGCCUGAUGCCUGCACAGAAUCCAGGCAGUGUGUUUGAUGCAUAAAGUGUAGCCUGGCUUGUUAGCAUCAUUUCACUUCUGUCUUCCUCAUUGUCUUAGUUAUCCAGUGUUGCUGUAACAGCA